GUGCAGCCGGCGUUGGAGCGAGGGAGUCGAGUUUUCAUUUCUCUUCUUUUGCGUCAUGGAAUUAAUACCGCGAUUACUGUUAAUAUUUGUAAAAUUUGUUGCUAUUUUUGCGAGCACUCUGCAAAGUGCGUAUAUCUGGGCAUGCGGACGUCGAAUUAGGUCCUAUGGUCUGCCAGCCAACAUAAAUCCGCUGCUGGCGCUGAGUAUUCAGGAGCUGCGCACACGUCUCUGCCGGCGGCAGAUAACCGCAGUGGAUUUGGUAGACGCCUAUAUAGAUCGCAUUAAGCUGGUGAACAGUCGCCUGAAUGCGGUCGUAUCGGAGCGCUUUGCGCAGGCGCUGCGCGACGCCGCCAAUGUGGAUGAGCGCAUAGCUGCAGCGGGCGAGAAUGUGGCACAACUGUUCGAGAAACAGCCGUUGCUGGGUCUGCCCGUCACUGUGAAGGAGUCCUGCGCCCUGGCCAACAUGUCCUUCACCGUGGGCAGUCUGGCCAGGAGUGAGCAGAAGGCAACGGCAGAUGGCGUCGUGGUUGCACGGAUUCGCGCUGCUGGAGCGAUUCCUUUGCUGGUCUCAGCCACUCCCGAGUACUGCUAUUCGACGGAUACGGAUACCUUACUCAACGGUCGCUGCGUGAAUCCAUUCGAUUUCGAGCGCACGCCGGGUGGCAGCUCAGGCGGUGAGGGCGCUCUGAUUGGAGCUGGGGCCUCGCUCUUUGGCAUCGGCUCUGACAUCGGUGGCUCCAUACGCAUUCCCAGUUUCUUUUGCGGCAUCUUUGGCCACAAGCCUACCGGGGGCGUGGUCACACCGGCRGGUCACUUUCCCGACUCGAGCGAUGCGGAUUUCCAGCAGUAUUUGGUGGUGGGUCCGAUGUCCCGCUUUGCCGUCGAUCUACCCCAGCUGCUGGAGCUGAUGGCCGGCGAGCAGGCGGUGCAGCUGCGUCUACAUGAGCCGCUCCAGCUGAAUCAGUUGCAGGUGCACUACGCCUUGGGCUUUCAGGGUCUCAACGGUUGGAUGCAUCAGCAGGUGGAGCCGGAAAUUAAAGCAUCCAUACUCAAGGCUGUGCAACAUCUGCAGAAACAGGAAGUUCCUGUGCACCAGGCGAAGCUGUCAGGAUUCGACAAUUCCCUGGAGAUUGCGCUCGGCGGCAUCGCUCGUUUGAGACAAAUGCCGUUUUUGCUGGAUGCCGGACCCGCAGCGGGAGCUGAGAGCAAAGUGCGGGAGACUCUGAAACAGCUGGUUCAAAGUUUGUAUGGCAAAUCUUGUUACACUACGAAUGCUUUGAUCUUUGAUCUGAUGCGUCGCUGCAAUGCGUUCAUGUCAGUCCAAAAGCUGGAGAAAUAUCAACGGGAGGCACUGGCGCUUACUCGAGAGUUGACUCAACUUCUGGGCGAAAACGGCGUCCUGCUCUUUCCCACAAUGCAUGCUCCGGCUCCGAAGCAUGGCUGGACACCGUUGCAGCUGUGGGGUGUGGACUAUACGCUGCUCUUUAAUGUACUGGGUCUGCCGGCAACGCAUGUGCCAAUGGGAUUGAAUGGAAAGGGUUUGCCCAUUGGAUUCUCGGUGGUUGCGGCUCCCUAUCAGGAUCGGUUAUGCCUGCGUGUAGCUGUGGAACUGGAACGAGCCUUUGGCGGCUGGCAGUCACCAAAUGCCAAGAAAACUUAGCCAAAU